UCUGAAGUCCGCGAAUGUAGCACACACCCGCCCACAGCUGAACACGUGCUUGAAGGCGGAAGUAUUUUCAAAAUAGAAUUUGACCUCAAAAGCAUGAAAUACAUGCCGGUAAAAUGUGUACUGUAGUCGUGCGAUUGUAAUUUAUUUAAUUUAAGUUAGUUAUACUUCUCAUUGUUGUAAUGGAUCCUAAUCUGCUGUUUUGGAAGAGCGAGGGACAGACUCUGUUCAGACGCCUACAGAUCUGGUUUGAUGUGCUUGAUCCAACCUUCCUGUUCUCCUCUGAUGCUGAAAUACAGAAAGCUCACAGUCGUCUUGGAAGUGGAGAGAAACUAAACGAAAAGGAUGGACAAGCACUGACCUAUCUCUCACUUUCGUCUGUCCAUGCUGACUCUGGAGCUGUUCUUCCAGUCAUUUUCCGUCCUCCAGCUCUGUUCACAAUAUCAGCUCCUCUGAUGAUUGCCAGUCUUUUGCCACACAAGGCUGUCAGCCACGCUAUGUUUUGGCAGUUUUUUGGGCAGACUUACAGCGCUGGGUUCAACUAUGCCAACAGAAAUUCUUCAUCAGAGAAGCAGGGUCAGCAGACGUCUCUGAAGCAGCUUCUGCUGAUGGCUGGAACAGUUUCCUAUGCAACAUGUGCCGGGGCCCUUCCUCAAUUUUUAAUUAACCGACUUGGUGUAACAAGUGCACAGGGUCUGGCUUUCUUCAGGUCCGUAUUACCGUUCCCAAUAUCAGCUGCUCUGGCCUUCUUCAACGUGUUUACUGUCAGAAGUUUGGAGUCACAAACUGGGAUCCAAGUGUUUGAUUCCAAUGGAAAUCCUGUCGGCCUCUCUAAAGCAGCAGGAGAAAAGGCUGUGAGGGACACGGCGAUGUCAAGAGCAACUCUGUUUGGAACAGCCACCGCUGUUCCUAAUAUCCUGAUGUUGUUCUUACAGAGCACCAAACUUUUCCAGAGGAAUCCUCUGCUGGCGUCUCCGCUCCGUUACUUCAGUGGUGUUGUGUGUUUUGGCUUGAUGAUCCCAAUGUCAUUCAGCCUCUUUCCACAACUGGGAACGAUAGAGAAGGAAAACGUGGAGAAGGAGCUGCAGGCUGCAGUGGAUGGCAGUGAGUUAUACUACCACCGAGGACUCUAAAGGGACUGUUUCAACCAAAACAUGUUGCCGUACCUGGAUAGCAUGAUAAUAAAAUGUCUUUUUUUAAAUGUCACCCGGCUGAAAAUGUGGAUGAAGCUUUUCUCCAAGUGUAAAUCACAAGCAAGAAGCUAUUUUUUGAUAGUAAAUUUAUUUAGUUUGAAUAUUACAUGUGUUCAUAGAUAGGAAAUAUUACAUCAAUUCAUGAAAAUACAUUUAGUUUUUAAAGUUCUAUGAGCAUUUCUGUGUAUUGCACUCUGUGUCUGAUCUGAAAUACUGAGGCACUGAACCAUUCUUUUGGCAAUGUGGUUGAAAAUGUACUCAACUGUAAAAUAACAGCGCUAAGUAUACAUCAAUAUAAAAUAAACCUGAACAGUGAGACACAUGUAAUGCAAUAUGGAUCAACAGACACGGAAGCACCAAUCGUACUUUGAUCAGUUUGCAGAUUGACGAGGAUCUUUUCUAUCUAUAAUCUUUUUUAUAAAACUGUGAAAAAGCCUCAUACAACACAACACAAUUUGCUUGUUUUAAGUCAUUAGUAAAAUACAAAAUGUGGCAUUGUUAAAGAAAUAAACUCACAUGUUGUGCAAUGC